GCCAAAGCAGCCCGUGACAUCGCCAGUCCUGAGCACCUCACCGUUGCAGAGCGAUCGAGGUGGCUACCCCUCUCCAACUGCGAUGCGACCGCCAACAAAAGUACCGCUAUCUUCUACCCCUCUCAGCCCCACCAGACAGGCACCCAUGCAACCGGGCCCCGUGCAGCAACUGACGGAGACCGGGGAAACUUAG